UCCGCAAAAUAACAUAUUCACGGUCACAGAUCACCUUCAUCACCCACCACCAUGCAUUUAUCAAUCUAUAAUUAACACGUAAAAUAGUGAAUAUUGGAAUCCAGAAUCCUCUUCUUCUGUUAAUUAAAGAAACAAGGUAAUGAGUCAUUGGAAAUGGAUUCCUAAUUCCUUGGCGGGCGGAGAAGCAGAGACAGCUCUAUCGCGCUAUGCAACACGCCAAACUGCAUGCCGGCCAAAGUGAAAGCGACAGCAACGGCGACGGAUAUACCUUGUCUUGAUGAAAAUGAAUGAAUGUCAACCUCAUGGCCGAUGAAUGAUACUAAUUACACACUACUUAUUAUCAGGCUAAUAUUAGUUUGUUGGUUGGUUGGUUUCAUACUCGUUCGCAUUGGCACUCAGAUUAGAUUCCCAGCGCAAAGGAACCGUCAACAAACAAUCAAUGGGCUGUGUUCAGUCGAAGGGGACCACGACCUACGCCCCGCCGCGCCACCUCCAGAAGUUGAAACCCGAAAAUGGCCAUGCCUUUAACGUUGACGUUGGCAGACCCAAACAGCCCCUCAAGCAUCCAGACAAGCUGCCCGGAAGAGAAGUAACACAAGUUCAUGCUGCUGCGGCAGCAGCAGCAGAGAGAGAUAUUAUUAGCUUAGAAAGAGAGAUGUUGGUCUCUGAAAAGAAGAAUAUAACCGCCGUAGUCAAGAAGAUCGUUUGUGCAGAUGAUCUGGUUGACGGAUGGCCCAAGUGGCUUGUUGAUCAUGUCCCCAGAGAUGUUUUGGUUGGUUUGGUUCCCAAAAGCGCCGAUUCCUAUCAAAAGCUCGCCAAGAUAGGACAGGGAACUUAUAGCAAUGUGUAUAAAGCUCGAGACAGGGACACUGGAAAGAUUGUUGCCUUAAAGAAGGUUCGCUUCGACACAUCAGAGCCAGAGAGUGUGAAAUUCAUGGCAAGAGAGAUUAUAAUCUUAAGGCAGCUAGAUCAUCCGAAUAUCAUUAAGCUUGAAGGGCUAGCCACCUCAAGAAUGCAAUACAGUCUCUAUUUAGUCUUUGAUUAUAUGCAGUUAGACUUGGCCCGGAUUAUCUCCCGACCUGAGGGGAAACUCACAGAACCACAGGUCAAGUGCUAUAUGCAACAUCUGCUUUCAGGUCUCCAGCAUUGCCAUAAGAGGGGAAUUUUACAUAGGGACAUCAAAGGAUCCAACCUGUUGAUUGACAAAAAUGGGAUGCUAAAAAUUGCAGAUUUUGGGCUAUCAAAUUUUUUCCAUCCUAGAGAAAAACGUCCUCUUACAAGCCGAGUUGUGACGCUCUGGUAUAGGGCUCCUGAACUGCUGCUAGGUUCGACAGAUUAUGGAGUUGGGAUUGAUCUGUGGAGUGCAGGAUGCCUGCUAGCAGAGAUGUUUACUGGAAAGCCAAUUAUGCCUGGUAGGACAGAGGUCGAGCAACUUCACAGAAUCUUUAAGCUAUGUGGAUCACCCUCUGAGGAUUACUGGAAAAGAAUGAAGGCACCAGCAGCCUUUCAACCACCACAACAAUAUCAACCAAGUUUUCUUGAAUCCUUUAAAGACUUUCCUCCCUCUUCGUAUAGUCUCUUAACCGCACUGCUAGCCUUGGAGCCAGCAUCUCGAGGAACUGCUGCUUCUGCUCUCCAGAAUGAAUUCUUUAGUUCAAGUCCAUUGGCGUGCAGCCUUUCAGGUCUACCAGCAAUCAGCAAAGAAGAAGAUGAGCCGGUCACUAGCAAUGUUCUAAAGAAUAAGACUAAAAAGACAAAGCAACGAACUCAAGAAGAUCAUGGAGGCCAUGGACGAAAGGACUCAAUUACUGAACAAGCCAAAGAAGAUUCUGCUCCUUUUAAAGACAAUGCAGAGACAAGCUUCCAAACCCAAGAAAGCUAUACAAGUGCAGGCAGCGGUUGCUCUAGUGGAAAACCAAGGACUGAUCAGGAGAGUCCGCCUCCAACUCCAACUCCAGCUUUUCAUUCUAACCAGAACCGGUACUCAAAAACCCAGGCACAUCCCAAUGCCAUGAAGAACAUAAAGAACUUCCCCAUCUUGCUUGCAUCUCUAGCAGAUACUGGAAAACACAUGACCAUCGAAGACAACAGGCAGCCCCUCAGCCGAAGGUCCUACUCUUCUGUUGAUUUUCGAACAAUUGAUCUUGAGAGUAUAUCAAAACUCUUUCGGAUGCCAGACAAUUAUUAGGCCAAGGGGAAUUACUUCCACUUGGUUCGGAUACUUCCUGCAGUUGUAUGAGGUCCAUGUCCAGCCAUUUCAAUUAGCUCAGAGAUGAAUAAAGAAAUCAGGUUUUGUUUUUAAUUAGUUUGUGCAUGUCUUGUUUACUUGAACCAUACUGGUUUGCUUGUGAAGAAAAUAAUCCUAUCAUGUAGUUUAUAUAUAUUCUGAUUGAUUGGUAGUUGAUUUUGGUAUAACCAACAACAUUUUGGACCCAUGUCUAUUGUUUAUGGGUACCUCAUGGUCAACUUACACUGAUCCUUCAAGCUUGUCAUGGCCAACUAGACCAGACCACAGUAGGCCAUUAUUGCUGCCUCUGUCUGAAUGCUGUGUGUGUGUGUGUAUCAUUGGCUAGAAUAUUAUUGUUACUAUUUAUAUUUUUCACAUACAAAACUAUGAAUACAUUAAUAUCCAUGACCACAUAGCAUGCUCCAAUUCAACAAGAAGACUAUACAGAACAGAACAACAUAUAUAGCCACCCUUUACACAUUUGAUGAGGGAGAGACCUUCCUCUAACCAUGAGAAAGAGACACAUGUAUGCGCGCGCGCGCGUAUAUGGCUCAUGAAUCAUAGAAAUCAUCAGUGAACUUGCUCUUGAUCCACUUGAAGCUGUUUCUCAAGGAUGAUUUGAGCUUGCCUUCCAUGGUGUACAUAUUGUAGGAAGCCACCCUCUUCCUCCUCUUGACCUCAGGAUUGUCAUUGGGGCCAUUGAAGCUGUAAGACUUGGCUCUGUCCUCAAAUCCCAACCUCACCUCUGAGUAAGAACAUGGGUAGUCUGGAAACGAUCUGCUCUUCUCCAUGCCCAUGCCCAAGCCCAACUACUACACCAAGCUCAACAAGAUGAUUCAUACCUUCAAUUCAAUUCAAUCAUCUCUCAUAUAUAGAGAAAUAGGGA